AUGGGCAAUGUUCUCCAGAAUCCACACCGAAAUAGCCUUAUGUCGAUACGUUCCACCAAGAACAUCAUGAACUCAGCUGUGACCGAGGUGCCCAAGCCCGUCGCAUCGGGCAGCGGUCUAUCCUGCUCCAUUAUCUUGGCCGAGCCCAAUAUCUUUUUGACUGGCUUCGAACAUGACGGCCACCCAAGACACGAAACGGCCAAUUCGACAGCGCUACUACGAGGGAAGUUACAGCUCAAUGUCUCCAAGAACGUGAAACUGAAGUCGGUGACGCUGAAGCUAUCAGGUAAGGCCAGGACUGAAUGGCCUGAGGGCAUUCCGCCCAUGAAGGUGGAGCAAUGUGAAGAAGAGUCUUUGAGGACACAGGUUUUGACAUUUUUCCAUGCCAUGCACGAGACAUGGGAGACACAGUACGGCAACCCGUGCACCUACACGAUACGAGGGAGUUCAGAGAAUACGGGGCGUUCAUCACCCGGGCCCGGGCACCAGCCGGCGUCUCCGGCGCAAUCCCAAUUAUCGCUUGCUCUAAAAAAUCGCCCGGGCCACUUGACGGCCAAGGAAUACAAGCGCCUAUCCCUCCAGUCGGUUCAAUCUCGAAGCUUUGGAAAGGGGGACUCACCAGGCGGAAGCCCGGCCCAGCUCAAGGGUUACAAGGUUUUCUAUCCCGGCACAUAUGAGUACUCUUUUGAGUUGCCCAUCGAUCACCACCAGCUUGAAACGUGCAAACUGCAGUUCGGGUCGGUGAAAUGGGAGUUGGAUACUAUCGUGGAGCGCGCCGGCGCGUUCAAGCCUAACCUGCAUGGAGCAAAGGAGGUCUGCAUCGUUCGCGUCCCGGAUCAGCUCUCACUAGAGAUGACGGAGCCCAUAUCGAUCAGCAGGAAAUGGGAGGACCAACUCCACUAUGAUAUUAUGAUAUCGGGGAAGUCGUUUCCGAUAGGGACCAAGAUCCCCAUCGCAUUCAAAUUGACGCCGCUGGCCAAAGUACAAGUCCACAAGCUCAAGGUGUUUGUAACCGAGUCGAUUGAGUAUUGGACGAACGACCGCCGCGUGACGCGGAAAGACCCAGGAAGGAAGAUCCUGUUGCUGGAAAAAUCAGCUGGAAAGCCCUUGGACAAGCAGUACGAGAAUUCGGAAGUCCGAGUCUUGAGCGGGGGCGAGCUGUCGCCAGAUGAGCGGCAUGAAGCGCGUGUCGCAGCAGCACGCAGGCGCACUCUUGAGGCGUCGAAGGCCCACACCAUUCCUCAACCACUACCCGACCCUUCGGACAACCUCCUGGGUGACCUGGACCUAGGAUUAGAAUCGUACUGGGGUUCGACUGAGAUUGAGAUGAAUGUUCAGAUCCCCACAUGCGAACAGAUGGCUAAGGACAAGAGCGUACGGCUGAAUCCCGACUGCAGUUGGAAGAACGUCAAUGUCUUCCAUUGGAUCAAAAUUGUCAUGAGAAUCUCGCGUCUCGAUCCAGAAGAUCCAGCUGGCAAGCGCAGACGACACUUCGAAAUCAGCAUUGACUCUCCUUUCACCGUACUUAACUGCCGUGCAACGCAGGCCAACACCAGCUUGCCGCAGUACUCAGAUGCUGAGCAGCCUAUGUUCCGGCAGAAAGCCACGUGCGGAUGCCCGGAUGCCAACAUUAUAGCCACGGACCCUUCGCCGGCGUCUAGCACUGGCACAAUUCCAUCGGUAGACCCCAGUCCUAUAAACCCCGAGUCCUCAACUCUUGCGCCACCCCCUGCGGCGCACAUAGGAACGCAAGCACAGGCUGGAGGCACGCAGCAAGUACAACGGCCCAUCCACCUCUUGCGCUACCCAUCUUUCAAUCCUCCCGCCUUCGACGCCGACGAUGCGCCCCCACCCGUGGCCACUCCGCCUCCGCAUUACGACGUUGUCGUUGGGACACCUAGUGUGGACGGCUUGGCUGACUACUUCGCGCGACUGGCCGACUACGACGAUGGCGACAGUGAUGGCUCAGAUGAGGGCGAGAUGCCGAGCCGUAUCCUGGAGAGAACGGGCCGGGUCAAUGUAGCUAAUCCCCGCACCCCCGGUGGGCGGCUGAUGCCAUCCCGCAGCCUCGAGAUCGAGAGACCGACGGUACCUAUGACGCUAAACAUGGCGGGUGCGUUAAAUCAGCGGAGAGGCUAG